GAGAUGUCAUCAAUAAAUUCUAAUAGUUGACUCCCACAUGACCUGCAUGCAGGAUUGUCUAAAACCAUGUUGUAAGGGGUAACAAAUGAUGUUGUUAUCAGCAUGAUUCAUGAUGUUACUUACUAUAAUAUGUUCCAACAUUACUUACAACAAAUACAAGUGAGAGAUAUGGGACGGUAGUUUUCAGGGUUAAAUUUUUGGACUUUUUUGUAAACUUGCAAUAUGUCAGUUAUCGUACUAGAGGGGCGGGGCUAGUGACAGUGACAUAUUGCUCGGUUCCUAUGAUAUAACCAAUAUUUGUCGAAACUUCUGAUAGUGCAUGCUUAUAUAGAUAAAGGAAAUUGUAGUGGAAAUAUAAAUCUAUAAAUAACAUAUUUGAAGCACAUGAUCGCAAUAAAAACUACUCUCUUUUUUUUUUACAUGUUACACACUAGGUAGCCAUUUCAAAAUUACAUACUGGUUAUUUUGAAAUGUUAUUACAGUAGGGAUAUAAGGACUUAUUUUUUUAAACGUUCCCGCUUGUUUUCGGUCACGAGACCAUACGACAGACGCGGAAAUGGCUACCAGGCGAGAAAGACAUUUUGAAGUAUGGACUGUCGUGUUUCUUGGUAUCUGGGCAUCCGGACUUCUUGCCAUAACGACAGAUGAUGGUGUCCCAAAAUCAACAGACACCGAAUCAUGCAUGCCUCCUGCUAUGGGAUACGAAAUACAGAACAUUACGAAAGGAUCAUGGACAUUCAGAGAAACAGGCCAGAAUUGUGUGGGGAGUGUUGCUGGUCCUAAUGGCAGCCUGUCAAACUGUACCUACACUGUGGCAUUCUGUCAGAAGUUGAACAACUGUAGCGGUGGCAGUGUGUGUGUAGAAACAUUCAACGGGACUGGUAACAACCAAACCGUCAAGCAUGUCCAAGGAGGCUUCAUUGCUAACCCGUUCAGGGUCACAGAUACCUCACUGAAUGGUGGAUUUCAGGCACGCUUUGAUAAGGGAGACAACUUCACAAAGCCAGACGGCAGUAGUUGUCAGCUGUCUGCUGUCAUCAACUUCGAUUGUAACAGGAUCUUAGCCUGGGUACCCAACUCGGACAAAGACACAACACCUGUCCCACAAGCUGCUGUGGAGCAAGUGAAGUUUGAUAAAGAAAAUUGUCAGGUGCAGGCCACAUUUUGGUACGCCGGCGCCUGUAUUGCUAUAGUGCCAGCCUCGACUAUUUCUGAAGAUUUGACAGCAGGAACAGUUCUCAUCAUCAUAUUCUUUGUGUCCUUGACUUUAUACUUCUGUUGCGGUAUCCUGAUAAAUCUGGUUCGAGGAUUCCGUGGAAGGGAUGUUCUACCACAAUCAGAAUUCUGGACACAGCUGCCGGUUCUCAUUGCUGAUGGAUUUCUGUUCACAUGCCGUUGUGGAACUGAGGAAAAAAAUGCAUAUGACAGUAUUUGAUAUUUGCUGAUGAUAUUAAAAUAUAGCCAUAAUAUAUAGGUCUGGCAUGCUUAUCUCUUUAGCCAAAGUUGAAACUGACUACAGGAAUAAAAAUCAAAUGUGUGAAUUAAGGAGAGGAAGGAAUAAUGUCAAAAAGAAGGUAAUACAUGUACAUUGUACUGUGAUUAGAGAGGACAUACAUUUUACUGCUGACUGGGACGUUUUGUGGAUAUGGAGGACUUUCUACCCCUGAGAGAGAUGUAUUUUGGAUUUGGAGGACUUUCUACCGCUGAGAGAGAUGUAUUUUGGAUUUGGAGGACUUUCUACCGCUGACAGGGGCGUAAUUUGGAUAUGGAGGACUUUUUACCGCUGACAGGAGCAUAUUUUGGAUAUGUGAUGGGGGGGGGGUGGGGGGGCUUCCACAGGUGAGACGGUCAUAGAUAUGUGGGACAAAGACUGUACAAAUUACCUGUCAUAGUUAGACAUAUGCACAAUUUUACAAAAAUUCAAUGAAAUACUAGCAUAAUGUCAUAUUUGCCCUUGGUUGUAAUUGUAAGCCAUCCCAGCCUGAUGGUGAGAUCUGGGAUGUUGUAUAUCUUUGAGGAUCUUGUGUGCUGGUUGGCACAGGCAUAUCUUCUGUCUUCAAGGUAAGAUAAGGGAAUUGUUUAUCUCAGAAUGUCCCUUGGUCGUAUAACUUCCUGUUAUUCAAUAUAUUUAGUGUGAAAGAAUGACCACCUACAGAGAAUUAUCAAAAGUAAUAGAAUCAAGACAAAUGUCCAUGGAGUCAAUUUGUUAGGUGGCUACAGAAUACAAGUACAUUUGGACUUAAUAGUAUUAUUGUAAUCUAUAUCCUGGUUGUUAAAUGUGUGUUCUGAUUGCUAAAAUUCAUUUCCUGGUUUUAUGUGUUUUCCUGGAAGUGACAGACUUCUAUGCAGGAAACUUUUUUAUUGAUUCUAUGACUUGCCCACAUCAAACUAAAACUACGUUUUUUUAAACUUGGAAAAGUUUUGCUAUAUGAAUUUGAAUGGGUUUUGGUCCUAUUUAACUUAUGCCUUAGUAACUGAAAUCUUAAUAUGUUGAGUGUGUGAUGAUGAUUAACCAAGAUGGUUGAUAAUGUGAUCUAUCUCGUGUCUACUCAUAAUGUUUGUGAGUUUUGUUCAUAUUUUUUAGUUUCUAACCCUCCCAGAUACGAAAAACAGUUACCCAUGUGAAUGUUUUAACAGUUAAUUAUCGACAAUGAUUGAUUUGUGUGAUUAAGGAUGUUACACAUACAGACUGUACAUUGAAGUCUGACUAAAUGUUUUAUUGCUUAAGUUGAUUAUCCAGAUUGAAUUAUUUUUUAAUCUUUUAAGAUCUAUCUGUAUACUUCUUAGACAUAUUUGUAUUUAUUUCAUGCAGAAAAAUACUGUAACAGAAAGGUCAGUCUUACAAUAUAUAUUGCUUUAAACCAUAUCUCUUAGAAUACUUAAAUAAAGAUAAUAGAAGAUUACUAAAUGAUAUUAUUGUAUCUACAAUAUACAGAGUCUAAAUGAUAUAAAUGUAUGAAGUACAAUUCUUAUACUGAAGAUCCGUUAUAAAGUCCAUUUAAUAUUAUUGUAAACAUUGCAUGCAUGUGUCAUAUCACCAAUCCAUAUCAUUAUAUCUGUAUAAUUCUGUAAACAUGUGAUUUUAAAUCUGGAUCAUCUGAUAUCUCUGUUAUAAUUGACUUUGAUAAAUUGUUGAAUAUAUACUUAAAGAGAGCUACCUUAUACUGUGAUACACUUAUAGAUA